AAAAAGAAAGGCAAAGCCUGGUUUGCUGUCAGAAAAGUUUAUGGUGACUUCUGAAGUUGCGCCGUCCGUUAUUGGGCAGGAGCUUUGCAGGAAAGGAAGCCGAGGCAUUUCCUGGAAGUCUUGGAGCAGAAAGGCCUUUCCGAGAGAGAAAAGAAGAACCUAAGAGAUGGAGGUGGUGGAGGCCAUCCUAACUGCGUCCAAGGCCAUCUACGGCCAGGCCCAAGAGAUGCGCUACUGCAAGCGGCAGAAGGAGCGCCUGGUGGAGCGCCUGGAGGUGCUCGAGCGGCCCAUCCGAUCCCUCCAGACAGAGGCCCAGCUCUCCGAGGACCUGCGGUGGAUGCUGGAGAAGAUGCUGCCCCUCCUGCGGGAAGCCCAUGCCUUCCUGGAGAAGUGCAACGCCCAGAAGAAGCUGGAGAGGUUCCUCAAGGCUGGAGGCACCUUGGAGAAGUUGGCAGAGAUCAAUCAACGCCUGGGGUACCUGGGAGAAGGGCUGUUGCUGCAGACGCAGGUCGAGAAGAAGGUCCAGGACGCCUUCCAGAAGAGCCGGAUCUGCAAGGAAGGCAGCCAGGACCUCGCCGAAGACAAGGUCGCCCUCAAGGAGAUGCUUACAGAAGAAAAACCUGACCUUCCCAUGGAUAUUCGGGUGAUCGAAAAGGAACGGCUCACCCGCGGAGAGCUCAUCAGGCAAACCGAUAAGUACCAUCUGUUCAAAGGGGAAUACUACAAAUCUCCGGUGGCCAUUAAGGUCUUCAAGAACCCCCAGACCUGCAACACACAGAAAGUGAGGAAAAUCUUUGAGGAAGAGAUCAGGACCUUGAAGAAGCUGGAAUCCCCUUACAUCCUUCGCAUGUACGGCAUCUGCAUCAACGGGGCAGGUCUAAUCCCCGAAUACUCCAUAGUCAUGGAAUAUUGCGAAAAGGGCUCUUUAAGGGAAGUCUUGAAGAAGGAGCCGGGCUUAUCCUGGGACGUCCGCACAGAGAUGGCUUCGGACGCUGCGGCUGGAUUGUACAGGUUGCAUCAAGUGGGUGACAAGGGACAGCUGCACCGCUGCAUCAACAGCGCCAACUUCCUAGUUGCCAAAGGCUACUGCGUCAAGCUGUCUGGAUUCAAACUGGAGCAAACAGAGUCCUCCAUCAGUGGGAAAAUCAAGGACAACACUCCCAAAGAAGUGGCUUCUUCCGCUUACGUCUGCCCCGAAGGUCUGGCCUCGCUGAACCACACCUACAACCAGGCCAGUGAAAUAUACAGUUUUGGCAUCGUCCUUUGGGAGAUCGCAACCGGCAGGAUCCCAUUUGCAGGCUGCACUUCAGAGGAGAUCCGCAAGAAGGUUCAUGAAUUAAAAUACCAGGAGCCUUUGGGGGACGAUUGCCCGCCUUACCUGGAGGAGGUCAUCAACCAAUGCCGAGCCUUUGAGCCGUCUGAGCGUCCAUCCGCUGAAGACAUUGUCAACCGGCUCCUGGUCAACCGAGAAGGAAGCAACGGGGCUUUAGCCCUUUGAGAAGGAGAACGGCAUUCAUUGUAUUCUCUUCCUUCUGAGCAAAAGCCUUUUCUGAUGGAAAACCUGCCUUUGGGGUUUUGUUUUGGUUAAUAUAGAAUUAUUUUGAUUGAGGGUUUUUCAACUGAUCCCAGAAUAAAAGUUUUAGUUGUAAUUGAA